GAUGGCAACGUCCUUAAUACUGACUUUUCUAGCUCUGUUGUGUUACUCUUGGCAAGAAACCACUAUUUCUUCGAGGAGUAACUGGUGCAUGCAUCCUGACGGAACUAUGUCCUGUUGCACCAGUUAUUUUGAAGAGGAUGGUGCUUGUUAUGAAUGUAUUGGAUCACAUGGCCAAAAUUGUUCCAGCCCGUGUCCUCAAAACUAUUUUGGACCAAAAUGCACAAGUCGAUGCCAGUGUCUAGAAUCUGAAUGUGAUAAAAUCUAUGGCUGUCCAAAAGACACAACUAUCCCAAUUCUUGAGACGAGUACUGCAAACAUUUUUGACAUCAGUCGAAGGAACCAAAUUUCAGAAGUUUCAAAGAGUGCAGCAUCAAAAUUAGUAUCCUUCAUUAAAAAUCUCCAACUUCGUCACUGGUUUAUCAUCUGUAGUAUUUGUCUUCUGAUAGUGUUCGUCUUCUUAGUUAUUGCUGGGACCGUCAGACAUAGAAACAAGGGGAAAAGAGAACGGAAAGAAAGAUUAGACACUGGAGACAAUGGUGAUCUAGGAACGGGAAUUACCCCUCACUCCUCAACAAACUUUCUACAUGUUUCCUUCCAGUCAAGACCCAUAGAUGAUAUCUCUGGACAAAUCUGAAAAAAAAAACAUCUCGAUAGGAAGACUUUUGAAACUUUGUAGAAAGUGUAUGUUAUUGAUAAAAUUAAGACAUAUAAUGGUGUGGUUUUGUUUAGAAAUUAAAUGACGUAAGAAUUUAAGGUAUAACGACCCUAUGAUAAGAGAGAUAACUUUCGGACAAAAUAAUCCAUAAAUAUCCGAAAGUUCGUUUUAUCAGGUUUUCGUUAUGACCAGUUCAAUAAUUCCAUAUCAUAUUUGCAUUUUAGAAAUGAUGAAAACAUUGACUCCUCUUUUCUUUUGCCAAUAUUUUUGAGGAACUUUUCUUGCAUUCGACCUAAAAUUUUU